ACAGAGAAACUAGUUACUUAGCAGCUGCGACACCAAGCGCUGUGGAGACUAUAUUUAAACGACUCUAUUGCAUUUCCACGGCAUUUUGGCAGAUGAACAAUACGAUUAAUAUAUAUUUAACCAGUAGCGAGGCACUCCUCCCAAACGAGCUGAGACAAUGAACUGGGGCUUUCUCCAAGGUAUCCUGAGCGGAGUGAACAAGUACUCCACGGUGAUCGGGAGGAUCUGGCUGUCCGUGGUCUUCAUAUUCCGCAUCCUGAUCUACGUGGCCGCGGCGGAGCAUGUGUGGAAGGACGAGCAGAAGGACUUUGUGUGCAACAUCAAACAGCCGGGCUGCGAGAACGUGUGCUUUGACUACUUCUUUCCCAUCUCCCAAAUCAGGCUGUGGGCCUUGCAGCUCAUCAUGGUUUCCACCCCGUCUCUUUUGGUUGUGCUUCACGUGGCGUACCGUCAACACAGGGAGCACACGCACAGGAAGAAGCUGUAUGUGGAUACAGGGACGAUGGAUGGGGGUCUUUGGUGUACCUAUCUCGUCAGCCUCCUGUUCAAGACGUUCUUUGAGGUGGGCUCCCUGCUGGCAUUUUACUAUCUCUACAGUGGCUUUACUGUGCCUCAGCUAUUCCAGUGUACAAUGAGCCCAUGCCCCAACACAGUCGACUGCUACAUUUCCCGGGCAACCGAGAAAAAGAUCUUCCUUUACAUCAUGGGCUCCACUUCCAUCUUGUGCAUCGCGCUGAAUGUGUGUGAGAUGGUCUACCUUCUACUCCAGCAGUGCUGGAAAUGUUAUUUUAAGAGGUACGUCCCGGUCAUGGAGGAACACCAGUGCCACUGUGCAAAGCCAAGGCCUUUAAACAGCACUGCAGCUGCAAUCCCUGUGCCCCUGAAGGUAGACUCCACAGUUUAGGCUUCUAAUAAUGGGUUUGCAUCUUUAAAAUUUGAACUUCACAUAUUUUACAUCUGCAAUUUAAUUUCCUCUAUGCUCAUCCCCAAAUUAUACAACAGUGGAAACUCCCGAUGUUGAAACACUUUUUCAUCUAUUUAAAGUACUUUUCUUCUGUUACCAGUAAACACAGGGCAGCAUUAACCUGCAGUACCAGGAUAUGUUUAGAUAGUUUUUCUCAUUUAGGGCUUCAAUUAUACAUUUAUUUUCUUGGAAUGGCAUGAUUGCCUGACAGCAUAUUGUAUAAUGUAAUAGUAGUCUUGUCUGACUAACCUCCAAGACUUCUUUGAAGAAGUUACUUCAAGGAUGGCUACAAACCGAGCAUUUGCCAACGUAUAUCUGGACUUUUAAAAGACAAAGCUUACAAACCAGUGGGAGUCCAAGGUAAUGCAUGCUCUUGGAUACAUUGCUGGUAAAACACAUGAGGCAUUUGUAAGGGGAGUAGCUGCUAGGUCAGACCAUGUGCUCGGUGGGUUGUCACAGGGAUUGGAGCUGGAACCCUGCUCUUUCUAAUCUGCAUAAUAAAUGACUUCGCAAGGGGAAUAAUCAGGAAGAGUGUACCAUUUGAAAUUGACACAAAACUGGUGGGAAUGGCCGACUCGUAUGCAGUGGCCCAGGAAAACCAACGGGAUUUAGGCUGCAUACAGAACUGUGUUAAAACAUGGCAAACGUAAUGUUAAGAAAAGUAAAGUGUUACCUCACCUAGCAGCAACAUGUACAAACCCUAUGAGAGCACUAUGGAACUAUGAAUGCAUCAAGGUUUUAGAAUAUGUUUCUAUCUGCAUCUUCCUGUACUAGGGGGCAUAAAUGGAGGUUAAAAAAAAACCCUCAAAAUGUGUUCAAUAUAAUCAUUUUUGGAUGUAAUUCAAGAAAUUUAAAGAAAAAAGGUGUAAACUAGGUAGGAUUCUUCAAGAAACUCUGGGUUUAGAUCUAAAAACGCACACAUACGUACUGAACAUGCAAAUACAUUUUAAAGUAAAAUAUGUGUCUGUUAUUAUUUAUUUCUUAGCAGACGCCCUUAUCCAGGGCGACUUACAAUUGUUACAAGAUAUCAUUUUUUUUUUUUUACAUACAAUUACCCAUUUAUACAGUUGGGUUUUUACUGGAGCAAUCUAGGUAAAGUACCUUGCUCAAGGGUACAGCAGCAGUGUCCCCCACCUGGGAUUGAACCCACAACCUUCCGGUCAAGAGUCCAGAGCCCUAACCACUACUCCACACUGCUGUCCUAUUUAAUUGCCGCUGUUAUAUUUAAUUGAUUGGUUUUAUAUAACUGUAUAAAUAAUAAAAAAUGCAAAA